UACGCCAUUUUAGCAAAACAACAAAAGCUGUCUGCUUUUCUCACUAACUAAGAACAGUUGCUUUGCAGUAAGUGAACUUUACUCUUCCAACUUCCUACUUCCAUCCUAACCCUAACCCUAACCCAAGAGAAAAACACACACACACACAUAUUACCACUCUUUAAAGGAAUUUUCUCUCUUUAAUUUCUCCAAGAACAGGGGGAAAAAAAGAAGCCAUGGAUUCUUUGUGUCGAAAUGGAGAUUAGGAAAAGGGGAGCAAACCCACAUUGGUAUUACUAUUCCCAAUGGGGAAGGGAGAAGAAGAGCAACCAGUAGGUACUUCAUUGGAUGCACAGAGUACACACCAAAAUGCAGAGAAUAGGUGCAGGGGAUGCAGUAGGUUAAAGGGGUUGUUGAGUUUUAAAUGUGUAUUUGUAUUGCUGCUUGGCAUGGGAGUUUUGCUUUCUGCUAUUUUCUUAUGGCCAUUUUUCAAGAAUGGAGAUCUGGGGUAUCUGGAUCUUGACAACAAGUAUAAAGGUCAUGAUAUAGUUGCCAGUUUCAUGCUUGAGAAGCCAGUUCUCUUUGUGAAGGAUUAUAUUGUGCAACUUGCAGAUGAUAUUUUUGAUGAAAUAAGUGUUUCCAAUACUAAAGUGGAGAUAAUAUCAUUAGAAAAUAUAGCUGGACCGUACAUAACGGAGGUUGUCUUUGCAGUUGAUUCUGCAGUGAAAAAUAUAAGGGUCUCUCUAACUGCUCUAAGUUUAGUCAGGUCGGAAUUUGAAACUGUGCUUACUGGCCAAUCAGCUCUGCACUUGACAGCAUCUUUGUUUGGCGAUCCGUUUUCCUUUGAUGUGCUGAAGUUCAGAGGAGGGAUUACUGUGAGCCCUAAACAGAGCGGAUUCCUCAUGCAGCAAGUCCAGAUUCUUUUUAACUUCACCUUGAACUUCUCUAUUGAUGAAAUUCAAGAUAAUUUUCAUGAACUAACAAGCCAGCUCAAAUCAGGCUUACAUCUUUCAUCAUAUGAGAACUUGUAUAUCAGCUUGACAAAUACAAGAGGUUCAACGGUGGAUCCUCCCACUAUUGUUCAGUGCAAAGUUCUUUUAGCAGUUGGGAUAAAUUCCACCAGGUCAAGGUUGAAGCAGUUGUCCCAGACCAUCGGUUCUCAUUCCGACAACCUUGGCCUCAAUAACACCGUAUUUGGAAGGGUUAAACAAGUUAGCCUGUCUUCUUUUCUACCGCAUUCUCGCGGUGGUGAUAGUGGUAGCCCUUCACCUUCUCCAGCUCCUCUACCUCACCAUCACCAUCACCACCACCACAAUCGAGAUUCAAAUCUCGCUCCUGCAACAUCACCUGCUCCAAGAGUUGAGAAAGGUGGAUCUAUUAGCAGGAAAGUUUCACCUGUACCCGUACCUGCACCAGCAUCUGAUACAGUACUUGCACCUGCCCCUACAAAGCCCAAGAGUCAUGAGGCCCAGCCUCCUUGUCAUUUUGGGAGAUAUCCAAGAAAGGCGAAGAGUCGCCCGCAUAUGGUUCCUGCUCGAGCACCAGUCCGUGCACCUCAUAUUACUCCAUCGCCACACCAGCAAAUACAUGCUCCAACUCCGAUGCCACAUGGACUCGCUGCAUCAAGUCCAUUGCCCAAUGUAGUAUAUGCUCAUGUUCAGCCUCCGCCAAAGAGUAAUUCUGUUGCAGAGCCUCCUGACAGAUUUACUUCAGCUUCACCCCUGCCAUCUUCAUCUUCCAAAGGGAUUCAUUCUUCAAAAUUCUGGACUCUCCUGCUGUUUUUACUUGUACUACAUCCAUAGCAGCUGGAGGAGGACAACUAUUUUUUGUCACAACAAAAUUUGCCUCUAAAAACGAGUUCACGUCAUUCCAUCCAGGCAAAGAGACAAACUUCAGGAGUUUGCAGAGAGAGCAAUGCCAAAAGGGCAUCCUUCAUGCUUGGAUGAACAUAUGUUGUUCUUAUACUUUUGUAAAUAUUUCUAUGAAGAUUCAGCGAUGAGAUGCAUUUUCAGGUCUAAGUCAUAGCGAUGACAGGCCUGCGAUGACGUGCAUUACCACUGUUAUGUAUCAUCCCUCUUGCAUAAACAUACGGAGGGAAAAUCACAGCCAACAAAUGUAUAAUAGUCCUUUUUGCUCCUAUUAUCUCCCAAAUCUAUCAUCUAUGAUCCUUAGUUCUAGUGAAUGACAGUUUGUCCUUACUAUGUCAUUUGCAGACUCUACUUCUUGGUUGUACUUGUGAAAAAUAUGGUCUUUCAGGUAUCAUUAUAAGAUGGUUCACCACAAA